AUGUGCGACGAAGCAACACCACCCUCCGGACCCAACAAAUCACUCUUGCUCUGCAGCGUUAUCAAAAUAACAGCCUGCCUGAUUGCUUUCUUCAGUUCAACGUUGUCUCACCCGAACCCUGAAUAUGCAUCAAAAGCCUUACCAUACAACUUCCAUUACGACAUCAAUGACCAGUACCAAGGAUUACGAUAUGGCCGCAAGGAAAAGUCUAGUGGCAAUGCUGUCUACGGAUCCUACACAAUCCUACUUCCAGAUGGUCGUAAGCAACAUGUGGAAUACAGAGCUGAUGGCCGAAGAGGCUUUGUAGCCACGGUUACCUACGAGGGAGAGGCGCACCAUCCUAAAAUGUUUGGACCGGCCAUAACCUUCAAACCAUCAUUUGGGAAUGGCGACCGAGGGUAUGGCCGAAGCAGUCACGGAUUCUCCUUGGAUGAGAACGGAAGCGGUCAAAUUGGCAACGGUUCUGGACGGAACCAGAGCGCCAGGGACGCUAACGGAUUUGGCUACGGCAACCACGGAGGCGCAGAAGGUGACAACAGGCAUCAACGCAUUGAUCAAGGUAGAAACAGGCAGGGAUAUAUGGGUGCAAAAGGCAGCCAAGUGGCAUAAAGAGUGUUUCAAGC